UUCCUCGUGGGGUGGGAGAAGGAGGGAGGGAGAGCGUGUAGCGAAGGGAGCUGGGAGCGUGUAGCGAAGAGACAAAAAGGAAGGAAAUGGCAGCGCUUAUCCCCGAGGAGCAGCUGCAAGCCGAUCGACUGUCUCCAGAGCCGGAACGGGGUGAGCAACUUCAGCAGCUGGGGAAUGAGGAAGGGGCUGCCGCCUUAGUGGAAGCUGGAUCUGGGAAGCUGCAAGUAACUGCUUUGGGUAAGAAGCGGAAGGAGGCAACACCUAUCCCCAAAGGAAAGCCUAAAUCUGGGCGGGUAUGGAAAGAUCCCGGCAAAAAGCGGUUUUCCUACAUGAUCCAGGAUAAGCCUUUACAUACUUCCUGGCAACAUAAAAUGAAAAUACGUCAGGAAAAGAAGUUGAUCAAAGAUUUUGCCCAGGAGCUGAAGGAACAAAAACAAAGAGAGCGUGAGGAGAAAAAACAGCGAAGGAGGGAUAACUUAAAAAGAAGGCUAGAAAAUGAGAGGAAAGCGGAGGUUGUACAAGUGAUUCGAAAUCCCUUGAAACUGAAGCGUGCAAAGAAGAAACAUUUGCGGCGAAUUGAGAAGCGAGACACACUGGCCUUGCUGCAGAACUCCCAGGCACAACUUAAAGCAGCCAAGCAAUAAGAGAGCAGAAGUCUCUUUUGUAGCACAUUGAAAGACUUUUUGAAGUGCAAAAGUUGAGAGACAGAAUCCAGUGUAUGAAAGAGACGUUGCCAUAUUACAACUUUUUAUUUGGCUCCUCUUGCAAUCAGCAAUAGGACCUUCCCUGCAAAAUAUGCUAUUGUAUCCCAAUAAUUUCUCAUCUUAUAGCUUUGGUAUUAAAAGAACAAAUGUGGGGAGGGCAGCUUCAUUUUCAAACAAAAUGAAAGCCCUAAAGGAGUUAUUGCAAAAUCUACAACUUCUGGAUGAUUUGUAAUUUCCAGAACUUAUAUUUCUUCUUUAACCAUGAAAAGAAAAUAAUAAUAAAAAAACCUACUUUGAGGAAAAA